AUGUCCAUCGACAAGCACGACGCCGUCGACGGCGACACGCCCGAGUCCCGAGGCUCCAGCCUCGAGGCCGACCACCAUGCUUCUGCCAACAACGCCAACAACGCCGCUGGUAAUGCCUCUCAGGAGAACCAGCAGCCCAAGCGCAAGGGCGGCCGCAAGCCCAUCUAUGCCACUUCGGAGGAACGCAAGCAGCGUAACCGACAGGCGCAGGCCGCCUUCCGUGAGCGCCGUACUGAGUACAUCAAGCAGCUCGAGGAGGCCAUUCGCGUCCAUGAGUCGAACCUUCACAACCUGCAGGCUGCUCACCGUACUGCUGCUGAUGAAUGCCUGAUGCUUCGCUACAAGAACUCUCUCCUCGAGCGCAUCCUGCUCGAGAAGGGCAUCGACGUUCAAGCCGAGCUCCGCGCCAAGACUGGCAGCCCUAACCUGGGCCCUACCCAUGUUCCCCAGAACAUGGUACAGCCGCCACCGAUCCAGCGCGCCAUCAUGGGCAGGCACCAAGCUCGGAGAUCCAACUCGAGUAUUGCUCCGAAACUGGAGCCUGGUAUCGGGGCCCUACCCCCGCUCCACGCUCACACCUCGACGGCAUCACCCAAGAGCCGCCCGACGCCUUCGUCGCACGCCAACUCGCCCACCGGAACCGCAUCCGUCUUUGGCGGCCCUUCGGCCGUCUCUCCUGCCGCGUCUGACCACGCUCCCCGGAUGGCUGGCGCGAUGAAGUCGCACAUCAGCCCUCUGGCGCCCAUGAACCCUGCCACUCGGGCGCACAUGAUGUCGAGUGGUCCCGCUCGCGUCGGUACCGGAGCUCAGUACUAUCCUACGCCGGCAUUCCAGAACCACAUUGAACAGCUUGAGCAAGAAUAUGAUGCUCCGGCUGACAUGGUCGACGAUUCGGAGAUGGACACUCCGAGCGGCCCGGGGCCUUACCCCGCGCAGUAUCAAGACGGCCAACCAUCAAUGGUGACCUCGCCUAACGGCGCACACAACGGCCAUCACGUUACGCAAGGCGAGGCUGUCCAGUCGUCUCAGGCACCACACGGCGCAUAUCCUUCCAUGACUCAGCUUCUCGACAACGGAGGCGAUUGGGACCCCUUUGGUCUCAGCGCGAGCAUGGCCUUCCCCACGCAAUUCUCCUUCGACACUAGCAAUAUGAGGGCGGCAUUUCAUGACAGCGUCGAGACGAAUUCUUACGACAGAGCCAACGGCGAUAACGGCUCCCUUAAUUUCCACGGCGAAAUCACUUCUUACUUCACCCGGGAGAAGUUGCGAAAACGACUCUCGAGACACAGAUGA